AUGAGGACGUUCUUCUUUCUCCUUGCUGUUCUCUUCUUUCUGGUCCCAGCCAGGAAUGAAUUUUUUGAUGAGAGAUGCUACAACCUUAAAGGGAAAUGUGUGAAGUCUUGUCAGAAAAAUGAAGAACUUGUUGCUCUCUGCCAGAAGACUCUGAAAUGCUGUACGACACUCCAGCCAUGUGGGAAGAAUGACAAAAAUGAUCAAGUCUGA